UCGAAAACGCGUGGAAAGCCCAUGACUUUCCCUACCCCUCUCUGCUGAGUAGAGAAGAUUCCUCCUAGCGGAAAAUCAAAAUGGCGGCUGCCUUGACGAGAAAGUCUUGUGUGCUUGCUGCGAACUUUCCCGUCCUUGCUACGCGGUGUUGUUGUCCAAGUGCGUCACUAACUUUUUCCAGAAUACAGGUCAGAUGUAAGGGGCACAGUCAAUGGCAAAAUAGAAAGUUCAAGAAGGCUCACAAUGACUUUGCUCGCAGCAAGGAGUUUGGGAAACUUUCCAUGGAAAUUAUCACAGCCGUUCGUGAAUCAGGGGCAGAUGUUCAGUUCAACCUUCGUUUGGACAGACUGAUUGAAAGAGCUAAAUCAAUAAGUAUGCCUAAACAAAGUGUUGAGAAUGCCAUUAAAACAGGAGCAGGGACAAAGGACCAACCUUAUGAAACCAUUGUGCUUGAGGUCAAAGGGCCAGGUGGCUGUGGCUUGCUUGUCCAACUACUGACAGCUAACAAAAUUAAAACAAAGAGUGAACUGAAUACUAUUCUGCGGAAAAAUGGGGGCUUGCUUAAUGAUGGCGGAUCAGUCAUGUUUCAUUAUCAACAGAAAGGAAUGAUAACUGUAGAGGACUUCCUCUUUAUGGAGGAUAAACACAAAUUGUCAGACUAUCCUGAUGAGGGGAGUGUUGACAAGGCAGAAGAAAUGGGAAUUGAAUGUGGAGCAGAGAAUGUAUUCUUCUAUGAAUCUGAAAAUGGAACAAAGUGCAUAAAGUUCCUAUGUGCAGUUGAAGAUUCAAAACAAGUCUACGAUGAUCUAUCGCAAAAGUUUCCUGACAGAGAUAUUUCAUUAGAACUGGAGUAUGUUCCUCGUACACUUGUUUCUUUGUCCGAAGAACGAACACAGCAAGCAGAAAAGCUUGUAGAUAGACUUGAAGAUCAUGCGGAUGUAGUGAGGGUUUAUGACAAUAUAGAAGGGCUCCCUAAUGCAACUUGCAAGCUGUUUGGGUCAGCUAUCACUUCCUGAUCUACAGAAUAAAAACAGAUGAAAUUUGUGGGCACUUUAAGCUGAGCUCUCUGGCGUCAAGUUCAGUGUGAAAAAAUAAUGAAUAGUGUAAUGUAUGCUGGCAAAUGGAAGUCUCACAGUCAAUGGAAUAAGCAGAAAUCAUUCAAGAAUUUUUCUUGAUUGGAAGAUCAAAGUAAUCUAAACUUUUAGAUCAGUAUGGAAUAGACGGUGUGAUAUGUUUAUUGGUUGGAUAAUCCAAAUAAAGUAAACAAAAUGCCAGCAAUCAAUAGGCCAUUUCUAAGUUGCCCAUUUUUCUUAUGUGUAAAAACAAGUCAUCAUGCGAAACCAUUCAUAUGGAAAUGUGUUCCACCUGUAGGUUCAUUUUCAUACAAAUCAAACUCAU